UAAGCAGUCAUACUUAACACAUUAAUGCAUAUAAACGUACCUAUUUUAUACAUGUUCAUAUUUUUGUAUUUAUCCAUUGUACAAUUGUAUUGGUGUAUACAAUUUGUCACAUAAAACAUUUGAUAAUGGAAUACUAUUUAUGGAAAAUUAGAAAUGGAUUUAUUACGGUGUGGUUAUCAUUCUGUUUCAUUGUGUCGUUAAUAACUAUUAUAGUUUAUUUCACUAUUGAGGAGCCUAAAUAUUCUAAACACCAAAUUAUAAAAUCAAGACCACUUAAAUUUGAAACAUUAUUGAACGAUGACCUACUUGAUUUCAAAGCAACUUGGAUUUCAGAUGAAGACAUAUUGACACAAGAUGAUAAUGGAAAUAUUAUUUUAUUGGAUGUUAAUAAAUCUAUUAAAUCAAUUUUAGCAUUCAAUUCAAUGCAGCAUAUGAAAUACUGUCAUAAAUAUGAACUUUCAGCGGACAAAAAAUAUUUAUUAAUAGCUUAUAAUCUCAAUAAGACUUAUAGUUAUUUAUCAACAGCAAUCUAUGACGUUAUCAACAUUAAAUCUGGGAAACAAGUAACACUUAGAGACACAAAACAUAAUCCAAGAGAAAUAAUGAUCGCCAAAUGGUCUCCUACUGAUUCAAGUCUCGCCAUUGUUGACAAUUACAAUAUAUAUUUUAUUCCCACAGUCGCAAAACCAAACCACGUUAAACAAAUUACUUUCCAUGGAUCUGAAGAUUUGUAUAACGGUAUCCCUGAUUGGGUGUACACAGAAGAAAUCUUUGGAUCAAAUUCUGCAAUGUGGUUUUCUAAUCAGGGAAAAAAUUUAGCCUACGCGACAUUUAAUGAAAAAUUGGUACCAACGGUAUAUUUACCAACAUAUGGCAUACCUGAUACUAUGUACGACCAAUCCAGCAGAAUGUUUAGUUAUCGUUAUCCAAAAGCUGAUGAUCCCAAUCCAAUUGUUGAAUUAUUCGUCCAAAUUCUAAAUAUAACAAACGACGAACUCAUACCUAUAUCAAUAAAACCGGUAAAACAAUACACUAAUGAGACAAUAUUAUACUCAGUUGGAUGGUCAGAUGAUGAACAUUUGUUUGCAAUGUGGAUGAACAGAAUUCAAAAUGAAUCUCAUCUCGUACAUUACCAUAUUUCUAAUAAUACAGCUGAAGUUAUGGAAAUGAUGGAAUUUCAACAAAAAAACGGUUGGCUCAAUUUUCAACAGUCACUCGUGAUUAAUCCCCAAUACCAGAUUGCGUUAAUAUACCCAAUAGAGCAAGACGACGGUGAUAUGUACAGACAUGUUUGCGUGAUCUCAAGUGGCAAAAUAAUGCCAAUAACCACUGGUAAAUUUGAAGUCGACAAACUCAUAAAAUGGGACUUUGAAUCAAAUUAUAUAUAUUAUUUAGCCAACAUAGUGCACAGUUCCGAAGUACAACACGUGUACAGAGUGCAUAUAGAUUUGAAUAAACAGCAGACCAAACCAGAAUGUUUGACCUGUACCACGGGAUGCACUUUCAGCAAAGCACAGCUCAGUGAAAAAAAUACGUAUUACGCACACAUAUGUACGGGGCCAAACAUACCUUACGUGAACAUAAUGAAAACUAAUGGAGAUCGUGUUACUGCUUGGGAAAGAAAUAAAAAACUGACUACAGAAUUAAAAAAUGUCGCUUUACCUCGGGUGACAUUUUUAAACGUUCCACUUACCGAUGGCUGUGAAGCUCGUGUCAAAUUGUUAAUUCCAUCGACAGUUGAUACUUCAUCGGGCAAUAAAUAUCCGUUAUUAAUUUACACUUACGGUGGCCCCACGUUUAAUAUAGCAUUGGACGAAUUCCACUUAGAUCUGAACAUGUAUUUAAGUAUAAACCAUGACAUUGUUGUGGCUGAAGUCGAUGGUCGUGGCACAGGACGAAGAGGUAGUAAUACAUUAUUCGCAAAUUAUAAGAAAUUGGGUACAGCGGAAAUCUAUGAUCAAAUGACUAUCGCAAAAUUUCUAUCAAGCAACGUGUCGUUUGUUGACAAAAAUAAAGUUGGUAUUUGGGGAUGGAGUUUUGGUGGCUACAUGGCCGGUAUGGCUUUAGCGAAGGAUGUCGAGGAAGUAUUUAAAUGCGCAUUGUCCGUAUCACCUGUCACGGACUGGAUAUAUUAUGACUCAAUGUUCACUGAACGGCUUAUGGAUACGUACAACCAAAAUGUUGAGAGUUAUCGAAAUGCUAGUUUGAUAGAAAAUGCUGGUGGUUUACGUAACAAAAAAUAUAUGGUUAUUCAUGGACUAGUUGACCUUAAUGUUCAUUUUCAACAUUCCGUAAUGUUAUCCAAAGAACUACAACAUAAUGCUAUAACAUUUCAACAGCAAUUUUAUCCAGACGAAACUCAUAAAUUGUUAAACGUAAGAAAUCAUCUUUAUCGUACAAUUAUAUUAUUUAUUUUAAGAUUUUUAAUAUAAAGUGCAAUUUGAUGGAUCAAUAUCCUCAAAAAUUGUCAUAUAAUAAGAAAAUGAUGUUAUUUAACUAUGUUCAACGUAUGUAUGUUUUUAAUGUUGUGGAGUAUCAAGAUUUUAAUUGUUAAUAAAACUAUUCUAUU